AUGGACUCAUGCUCGCACUACUCCCACCUGCCUCUCCGUUUUCCCUCCUCGCGAUUACCCUCCCUGCCCUCUCCCUCCGCACAUAUCGCCCUGCACCUGCACGUUCAGCCACGGGAAGCAACUCCUUCCGUUCCGUCCACCCUAGACCCCAACCCUCCCCCCCCCACCUCCUUUCCCCUCCUCUGCUUUCAACUUCUCUCCUUUCCAACCCUCUCCUUUCCCUCCUCUCCGUUCCCCUCCUCUCCAUAUCCCCCCUCUCCUCCCCCCCAUCUCCUUUCCCUUCCUCUCCUUUCCCCCCUCUCCUUUCCCCCUACUCUCUUUUUCCCCCUCUCCUUCCCAACCCCUCUCCUUUCCCCCCUCCUCUUUUCCGCCCCUCUCCCUUCGUCCCCCGCCUUCUCCUUUUCCCCCCUCUCCUUUCCUUCACCCCCUCUCCUUUCCCCCUCUAUCGUUUCCCUCCUCUCCUUUCCCCUCCCCUCCUUUCUUCCCACCCCUCACGUUUCCCCCUCUCUCCUUUCCCGACUCUCCUUUCCCCCCCCUCUACUUUUCCCCAUCUCCUUCCCCCCCUCUCCUUCAUCCCCCCUCCUUUCCCCCCCUCUCCUUUCCCCCCUUCUCCUUUCCCCCACUCUCCUUUCCCCACCUCUCCUUUCCCCCCACUCCUUCCCUCUCUCUCCUUUCGCCGCCUCUCCUUUUCCCCUCUCCUUUCACCCCCGUUCCUUUCCCCCACUCUUUCCCCCUCUCUCCUUCCUCCCCCCUUUUCCCCCCUCUUCUUUUCUCCCAUCCUUUCCCCCUCUCUCUUUUCCCCUUUUUUCCUCCCCCCCUUUCCUUUCCCCCCCUCUCCUUUCCCCCCCCUCUCCUUUCUUUCCUCUCCUUUCUCCCCCCCUCUCCCCCCUCCUCCCUUCCCCCCCUCUCCUUCCCCUCCUCUCCUUUCUUUCCCCCCUUCUCCUUCCCCCCCCUCUCCUUCCCCCCCUCUCCUAUCCCUCCUCUCCUUUCCCCUCCUCUCCUUUCUUCCCACCCCUCACCUUUCCCCCCUCUCCCUUCCCCCUUCCUCCUUCCCCCCUCUCCUUCACCCCCUUCUCCUUCCCCCUCUCUCCUUUCCUCCCCUCUCCUUUCCCCUCCUCUCCUUUCCCUCCUCUCCUUUCCCUCCUCUCCUUUCCCUCCUCUCCUUUCCCCUCCUCACCUAUCUUCCCAUCCUUCUCCUUCCCAACCCCCCAUCUACUUUUCCCCAUCUCCUUCCCCCCUCUCUCCUUCCCCCCCUCUCCUUUCCCCCCCUCUCCUUUCCCCCCACUCCUUCCCCCUUUCUCCUUUCGCCCCCUCUCCAUUUCCCCCACUCCUUUCCUCUCUUCUCCUUUUCCCCCCUCUCCUUUCCAUUUUUUUCCUUUCUCGCCUCUCCUUUCCCCCCUUCUCGUUCCCAGCCCCCCCUCCUUUCCCCCCCUCUCGUUCCCCCCCCUCUCCUUUCCUCCCCCCUCCUUUCCCCCCCUCUCGUUCCCCCCCAUCUCCUUUCCCCCCCCCUCCUUUCCCCCCCUCUCGUUCCCCCCCCUCUCGUUCCCCCCCCUCUCCUUUCCCCCCUUCCCGUUCCCCCCCCUCUCCUUUCCCCCCCUCUCCUUCCCCCCCCUCUCGUUCCCCCCCCUCUCCUUUCCCCCCCUCUCCUUUCCCCCCCCUCCUUCCCCCCCCUCUCCUUUUCCCCCCUCUCCUUCCCCCCCCUCUCCUUUCCCCCCCUCACCUUCCCCCCCCUCUCCUUUCCCCCGCUCUCCUUUACCCCCCUCUCCUUUCUCCCCCCCUUUCCCCCUUCUCCUUUCGUCCAUUCACUACGCCCGCAACACUACCUCGUGUCAACCCACUUCACCACCUCUCCCCGACCGACCGCUUCUCCUCACCACCUUUGCCCUCGUGCUUGCACCCGCCGCAAGCACGCAACUGACCUAG